CAGGCGCAAACUGAAUACCGUGGUUACCAGCUCUUUGUUGAUUCUGAUGGCCGAGACCAGGUGUACUGGUUCGAGCCGGGCAAGCCUCCCCAGCCUGUGAACUGACACGCGUACACACCCACGCUUUUACACACACAUACAUACACACACAAAAGGUGGUGACACUAGGGGGGACGGGAGACUGGAGAUUCGAGGUCAUAGUGUUUAUGUCGAUGUGGGCGGAUAGAUCGCUGGAGGAGGUUGAUGAACGAAUAAUUUAUUGCAGUGAAACAACCCAGUCGACGUGAUUGGGAUGAACCUUUUGGGUUGGGUCUACUUCUUCUUUUCUUUUGUCGGCGACAUUCUCCGCCCUCCGCUCGCCAACGGAACCAUCUCUUCCAAGGCAGCAAACAGUGAAGAGAUUGAAAGAGAAGAGCGAGGCUAUUUUGGUUUUUUUAGGCAUACGGAACGGACUCUUGGAAGGCAGAGAAGACAGGGCCUUUUGCCUGCUGUGCAGACAGACAGCAACGACUUUCCAUUCCUUUCAGAGCGAAUCUUCUAAGGAACUCGGGGGGCAGGGAAGAGGAGCAAGAUCAAGCAAGCAGAGAAUUGGGCAUUUACUUGAAAUGAAUCCUACCACACCGGGAUAGGUGGAUGGAUAUGUGUUAUUUGUAACCGAUUCAUGGAGAGUCUCAAACGGGCGAGGCUCUCUCUCUCUCUCUCUCUCUCUCUUUCUUCUUUUGUGCUUCUUCAAGAGCAGCUCAAACUUGAACUUUCUCCAUAUCUUUCACACACUCUGCCCAGACC